AUGGAUUUUCAAAAGGCCCCAACGCGAGCAUUGAAAGUAGCCAACAAAGUCAAGCGAAAGGAGCUCUUUGUGCAACAUAAAAAGGACAAGGACAAGAAGCGUCGCGAAGAACGACUUCAACGCAAAAAGGAAGAGGACCGCAACCCCGAGCUCAAGACCGCCAGACUCGCCAAGAAUGCCCCAAAGACACUGGAUCAGAAGCGUGUAUGGGACGAUGUCGACGAUGACAGCUUGGGUGUUAUUGUAGACGUGGAGAAGCUUAAGCGCAGACGGUUGGAGGAAGCCCAGGCUGAGGAGGAGGCCGCCUUGAACGCUCCGCUCGACCAAAACGACGACGACGAUGACAACGAUAGCAUGCUUGAUAGCGACGAUGAGGAUGAUGAGGGCGAUGAGGCUCGCGAAGCCGCUCUAGACAAAGCGCGGGCAAAACGCGCUCUAAGAGACAAUAGUGCGGCCCCUUCGACCACGAGUACCAAUUUGGACCUGACGCCGUCGUCACUGGCUCUCAAGUUUCCUACACUCUUUACCGAUAUCCCACCGCCAACGCCCAAGAUUCUCGUCACGACAUCGUUGAAUUCGACGUUGCAUGAGGAGGCGCACCUGCUCACCACGCUCUUCCCUAACAGCAACUACAUUCCCCGUUCAUCACAUCGCUACGGCCACAAGUAUUCUCUGCGGGAUAUCUGCAAGUUUUGCAUCGGCAGAGAUUACACCGCCGUUGUCUUGCUAAAGGAAGACUCCAAGAAACCCACGGGCAUGUCGAUUGUGCACCUGCCGUCGGGCCCGACAUUUCACUUCUCCAUCUCCAACUGGGUCGAGGGCAAGAAGCUACCUGGCCACGGCAACCCGACCAACCACUACCCCGAGCUGCUCCUCAACAAUUUCAAGACGCCGCUCGGCUUGCUGACGGCCAAGAUUUUCCAAACACUGUUCCCACCCGCGCCCGAGUUUCAGGGCCGCCAAGUAAUUACGCUGCACAAUCAGCGCGACUACAUUUUUGUGCGCCGCCACCGCUACGUGUUUCGCGAUAAGCGCGCGACUGAGAAGAGCGUCGUCGCUGCCGACGGCGAGAAGAUGAAGGGCGUGGAGCAAAUCCGUGCAGGUUUACAGGAGCUCGGUCCGCGGUUCACGCUAAAGCUAAGGCGUGUCGACAAGGGCAUCGGACGCGCGGGCAGCGAAGGCGACGAUGCAACGCAGUGGGAGUGGAAGGCCAAGAUGGAGAAGGACAGAAAACGGUUCAAUUUGUAA